UUCAUCGGCGAUGAUGAACGUGGAGGUGGCUGUGCUGCUCUUUCUGGCCCUUUGGGUUUGUGUUUGGACGGAAGAUUCUGGGAAAGUAGUUGCUGACCGCUACGCCGUGUACUGGAAUAGCACCAACCCCAGGUUUCACAGAGGGGACUAUACAGUCGAUGUCUGCAUCAAUGAUUACCUUGAUAUCUACUGCCCCCACUAUGAUGUCUCCGUGCCAGAGGAGAAGACAGAGAGCUACAUUCUGUACAUGGUGAAUUUUGAUGGCUACAGGAGCUGUGACCACAAGAACAAUGGCUUCAAGCGUUGGGAAUGCAAUAGGCCGCGCACACCAAACGGCCCACUGAAGUUCUCCGAGAAGUUCCAACUCUUCACGCCGUUUUCUCUGGGCUUUGAGUUUCGACCCGGAAAUGAGUAUUUUUAUAUAUCUUCACCUCACCCUAAUAUUGUUGGGAAACCCUGCUUAAAGUUAAAAGUAUACGUCCGACCAACAAAUGAUUCUAUAUAUGAAUCGCCUGAACCGUAUCACAAUAACAAUGGGAUCACGACCUUUAGGAUUUCUUGGUUCAUUGUAGCAGCAGCUCUCCUCCUGUUAUUUCUCACAUCAUAGCACACAAACAAGAAGAGAAUGAAAGAAGUGAUUUCUACAUAA